CUUUAUUCCGCUGUCACUUGUGACCAAGUUUCAAAACGAUUGAAGCUAUCGAGUGAGAGGCCAGUAGACCAGAGUAGAACAGGAGUUCGUUGAGUCGAUCGAGGAUUGAGUUGAUGAAGAUCGCGAUGGUCGACAUCGGUUCACGUUGAUCUAGAGAAACUACGAGGUUGUUCCUGUGUGAUCGAUGAACCAGUCCACGUGAGUAUCGCGGGAGACACGAGUCUUGGAAGAUGAAUCCAUCAGAAUCGCAGCAGAAUCUUCUCGCGAACGAAGCGAGAGCGCCAUCGGUGCAAUCUUUAAACCCGCCCUCGGACUACAGUCUUGGCCCAGUUGAGAAGCACUUCCUGCUCAGCGCGGAACGAGGUGAUUGUGCCACUGUCAAAAGACUAUUGGAAGAGAACAAGGAUCAUCCAGAGAUCCUCAACAUCAACUGCGUGGAUCCUCUUAACCGAUCCGCUCUGAUCGCCGCUAUUGAGAACGAGAAUGUUGAACUCAUCAGACUACUUCUCGACUUAGGCAUUCAAGUGAAGGAUGCACUCUUACACGCCAUAAAAGAAGAGUACGUGGAAGCUGUGGAGAUCCUUCUUGAAUGGGAGGAAAAAAUACACGAGCCUGGUCAACCUUACAGUUGGGAAGCUGUAGACAGAUCAUCGUCGAACUUUACACCAGAUAUAACUCCACUGAUUUUGGCAGCACAUAAGAACAAUUACGAAAUUUUAAAAAUCCUCCUAGAUCGUGGUGCCACGCUUCCCACUCCUCAUGAUGCCAGAUGUGGUUGCGACGAGUGCGUGACAUCCAGCGAACAGGAUUCUUUAAGACAUUCUCAGGCGCGAAUAAACGCGUAUCGCGCGCUUACAUCACCAUCUUUAAUCGCCUUAUCAUCGAGGGACCCUCUUCUGACAGCUUUCGAACUAUCCUGGGAACUUCGUCGAUUGAGUCAUAUGGAACAAGAAUUUCGUUUCGAGUAUAAUGAGAUGCGGGAGCAAACACAAAAUUUUGCUACAGCCCUGUUGGAUCACGCUCGUACCUCUCUGGAAUUGGAGGUAAUGUUGAAUUAUAAUCCGCACGGCGAAAACUGGGAACCUGGAGAAAGACAAACCCUGGAUCGACUCAAGCUUGCUAUUAAAUACAAACAGAAACAGUUCGUGGCUCACCCAAAUGUUCAACAAUUACUGGCUGCUAUCUGGUACGACGGUUUGCCUGGCUUUCGAAGAAAAAGUAUGAUCGGACAGUUUAUAGAGAUCGGGAAGCUUGGAGCGAUGUUUCCAGUGUACAGCACAAUCUACAUGCUCUCGCCAACGUCACCAAUGGGUCUGUUUAUGAAGAAACCUUUCGUCAAAUUCAUCUGUCACUCCUCUUCCUAUGCGUUCUUCUUGAUGCUUCUCGGGAUGGCGUCACAACGUAUCGAGUACUUGGUAAUCGAAUUAUUUGGGAACGCCUGGAUGCACGAGAUACUGGCCGGAUGGAAAAGACGGGAACGUGGCUGCAUUCCUGGUUUCGUCGAAUCCGGUGUCAUCAUCUACGUAAUCAGUCUGGUUAUGGGUGAAAUGAGAUCAUUAUGGUCGGAUGGGUUGCUGGAGUACAUAUCAGACCUUUGGAACAUAGUGGACUUCGUUCAGAAUAUGUUUUACGUGAUUUGGGUAAUGUUACGAAUAACCGCAUGGAUUGUAGUUCAGAGGGAAUACUGGAAUGGCCUAGAUCCUUGGUAUCCCAGAGAUCAAUGGCACGCCUUCGACCCUAUGCUUCUUUCUGAGGGAGCCUUCGCAGCUGGUAUGAUUUUCAGUUUUUUGAAACUAGUUCACAUAUUCAGCGUGAAUCCUCACCUCGGGCCACUUCAAAUUUCCCUGGGGAGAAUGAUAAUAGACAUUAUCAAGUUCUUCUUCAUUUAUACUCUGGUGCUGUUCGCCUUUGGCUGCGGAAUGAAUCAACUAAUGUGGUAUUAUGCGGACUUGGAGAAACAAAAGUGUUAUCAUAUGAAGGAUUUUCCGGAUCUACCUGAUUUUGAUAAUCAGGAGAAGGCUUGUUCAAUUUGGAGACGUUUCGCCAAUUUGUUCGAGACAUCGCAAUCGCUUUUUUGGGCCAGUUUCGGUAUGGUAGAUCUGAUGUCGUUUGAUCUAACUGGAAUAAAAAGCUUCACCAGAUUCUGGGCGCUUCUUAUGUUCGGUUCUUACUCUGUCAUAAACGUUAUCGUGUUACUGAACAUGCUUAUUGCCAUGAUGUCUAAUUCCUAUCAAAUCAUCUCGGAAAGAGCUGACACUGAAUGGAAAUUCGCCAGGAGUCACUUAUGGAUGAGUUACUUCGAAGACGGUGAUACUGUGCCUCCUCCAUUUAAUAUGGUUCCAACCGGCAAAACGUUCAAUAAGAUCAUCAAGUGCGGGAAGACCGGGCGGCAAACCAGAUCUUUGAUUAAAAAGUCCAGAGAAAAAGCGUUGGCAAGACACGACACUGUAAUGCGAUUACUCAUCAGACGGUAUGUAACUGCGGAACAAAGAAAACGAGACGAGUUCGGUAUCACCGAAGACGACGUUAUGGAGAUCAGACAGGACAUUUCCACGUUACGAUACGAGCUUAUUGAUAUACUUCGACAAAAUGGAAUGAGAACACCAACGCUCGACAAACAGGAUGCCGCACUAUCUGGCAAGAAAGGUCGUGUGAUGGAACGUCGACUGCAAAAGGACUUCCAGAUCGGUAUAGUGGAGGGUAUCGUGAACGCCGUGAUUCAGAGUGAGAAGGAACCUAAAGAUGUGUUCAGUCAAAUCGCGAAGGCUAUUGGUCGCAAGAGUAGCGGAAGCAAGAAGAAAGACUGGAACGCCAUGGUCCGGAAGAACACUUUCGCAAAGGAUCCUAUUGGUAGCACGACCGAGGCCACUAUGAAACAAACGCGACGUAGUAUACGUAGGCACUUACAAACUCAGAAUUCGGAUUUGGCCUCGUUAGAUCCCAAUCGUUUGGUUGAUUACAAUCCUAACCUAUUGGAAGUAUCACCAACCACGAGGAUCGCCUACGCGAAAUUCAUGAUAGGUCGGGCAAGACCCACUCCAGAGCAAAAGGAGGGGGAAAGUAAGAAUGAUGCUGAAGGAUCACAAAAAUCCGUUCGAAUUGUAACCGAGCCUGUCCAUGCAACGCCGAUCUUGAAAAAGACUCUACUAAAAUCUUUGAGCAGUGGUAGCUUGGAGAAAGGUGGAGAGAAAGCAGUUUCGGUAGAAGUGAGGGCACCGUCGCCGAUUCCCGAGGAUCCGAAGGAAGGAGAGGUCGGAAAUUCACCUCAGGGCAAAGCUGGUUUAGCGAAAAACCCAACAGAUACAAAACCAUUGUCGGAAAAAGAGGAAGGAGAUAGAAAGAACACCGAAGACGAGGAGAGAAAGAAAAGGGAAGAAGAAGAAAAGAAGAAAAAGGAAAUGGAAGAGGAGAAAAAGAAGAAAGAGGAAGAAAAGAAGAAGGAUGAAGGAGAAAAGAAAAAAGAAUCGAGCAGCGAGCCAUCAAAACCUGCGGCAACAGAAGAUAAUGUUCCGGUAGCUACGACAAAAUUGAGAGGAAAAUCGAAGGCAACUGGCCAGAUAAUGGGUGGAUGGAUUUAAAUUUCCUCGUUUAGCAGGAAAUUUUUUUAACGAGUGAAGACGUUGGUAAUUUAAUUGUCUUAUAGUUACGAGUU